GCCAAUGAUAAAGCGGGGCGGGCUGGGCGGGCGCCGACAGGUGUGGCGAUGUGCCUCCCCUCAGACCUCCCCUGACUGCCCCCCCCUACCAUCAUGAGGCACCAGCAGACCCGCCCCGAGAACCACUCUUCGGUCGCUGUUCUGGUGAAGCCCGGUGUUUCCAAACUGUCACGUCACGGCCGGGAUCCGGUGCCUCGGAAGUCCAGGGUGCAGGAGAGGGGCGAAGGGGAAGUAAGCAAGAUGUCAAAACAUUCAAAAGAGCCUCCGUUUGUAAUAAAAGACCAAGAGCUGGACGCUUUUCUGAAGCUGCUCGAUGAUGAGGUGAUUCAGGACUUCCUGUGGAUGGACAGUUGCUGUAGAAUUGCAGACAAGUACUUGCUGGCCAUGGUCCUCACGUAUUUCAAACGGGCAUUUCUGCAUACAAGUGAAUACUCAAGGAUGAACUUCUUCUUGGCUUUGUACCUGGCGAAUGACAUGGAAGAGGACGAAGAGCAGUACAAGUACGAGAUAUUCCCGUGGGCGCUGGGCGAGAAUUGGAGGAUGCUUGUCCCGAAUUUCCUCAAGCUCCGGCUGGAACUCUGGGCCCAGAUGAAUUAUCGGGCGGCCGUGAGCCGGCACUGCUGUGAGCAGGUGAUUGCCACCAUUCCAUCUCACUACAUCUGGCACAGGGAGCGUCCAGGCCACCACAGUGGUGCCACCCGCAGUUACCUGCAGAAAGAGAUCGUGCCCUCCCUGCCGGGACCCAAUGGAACCCCCCCGUUGUGCACCCUCUGUACCCACUCCAGAUGCUACUUCGGCCUGGACUUGGACUCUUCAUCCUCCCCAGAAAAUACCUCCCUGUUUGAUGACGAUUGGCCCCACGAUUUCUUUAUACUUUCACCAGAUGCACUGAUAGACCACGACGCGGAAGGUAUGGGCUCACUGGACUCUGUAUAACACCC